AUGAAAUAUCCCUUUAUAAACAUUUAUCAUCAUCACCACCACAAUCUCACUGCUUUAUCAUCUCCUUCGCCAUCCCCGUCUCCAUCUCCAUCUCGAUCACCGUCUUUUGGGACCCACAAGGUGAUGUUCCAUACAGCGUUCUACUGGGGUAAAGCACACCAGAUUCUGUUCCCUGGUUGGCCAGGUUCCAGCACCGGUAUGUAUGUGCUAGCGGUAUUUUUAGUCUUUUCCUUGGCCAUUUUGGUGGAGUGCUUCUCCUAUUGCCAGCUUAUUAAACCCGGCUCGAACCGAGUUGCUGACUGCUUUUUUAAAAUCGGAGUACGGGCGGUCCGAGCUGGGAUAUCUUACAUGGUCAUAUUGGCUGUUAUGUCUUACAAUGCUGGCAUUUUCAUAGCGGCCAUUGUUGGACAUGUUGUUGGGUAUAUGGUUUUUGGUAGUGGGCUUUUACUGAAGCCUGAUGGGCCUUCAUCACCAGGUGUUGGAAUUGGGCCUUUUAAAAUUUAA